AUGGCCACCUUCUUCUCCUUCAAACCACAGCACCGCAGCAGCAGGAUCUACCAUAUUAUUCCUGCCUCCGAAUCGAAGUCGCUCCGGCGAUCCGGAAGCAUUUCAUGGAGUUGGAAGAAGCACAGAAGGUUGCAACAACGCUGCCAACGGCAGCAGGAUUCCAACCCAAGAACAGAGCAAGAUCUUGACGAUGAGGGUGACAGCCGGCUGAGCCAAAACACCGGCAUUUUCCACCCAUCUAUAUGGGGGGAUUUCUUCCUUGGCUACUCUAGCCCUGAAGCUUCGUCCCAACAAAAGACUUGGAUGGAACGAGCUGAUGAACUGAAGGAAGAAGUGGCUCUAAUGAUAGCAGCAACUUCAACCAUGGGUAGCCUGCAUGAGAGGCUGCAUUUCAUAGACACGUUGGAGAGCCUGUGCUUGGAUCACCUGUUCGAAGAAGAGGUCAAUGCUGCAUUAUCACAAAUUGAGACUGCUGAUGUCAGUGACUGUGACAUUGGGACAGUAUCUCUCUGGUUAUAUCUACUUCGGAAACACCGAUACAGGGUUUCACCAGAUGUGUUUGUGAGGUUCAAAGAUGCGGAGGGAGGUUUCUUAGCAAACAAGCCUAUAGACCUACUGAGGCUCUACAAUGCUGCGCAUUUUAGGACCCAUGGGGAGAUAAUACUUGAUGAAGCUAUAACAUUCACAAGAAGUCGUUUGGAGAUAAUACUGCCCUACUUGCAAGGGUCGUCAUUAGCAUAUGAAGUAAAAUCCGCACUCGAGAUCCCACUACCUAGAAGGGUUAGAAUCUAUGAGUCAAAGCAUUAUAUCUGUACAUAUGAGAAAGAUGGAACACUGCAUGAGAAGGUAUUGCAACUUGCAAAGUUGAGUUCAAAUAUUCUGCAGCUCCAUCAUCAGCAAGAGCUGAAUAUCCUUACAAGAUGGUGGGAGGAUAUAAAGAUCGGAUCGAAACUUCCUUUCGCCCGAGAUAGAAUAGUGGAGUGUUUUUUAUGGAUCUUAGGAGUAUACUAUGAACCAUGUCAUUCAAGAGCCCGGAUAAUAUUGACAAUGAUUAUUGCCAUUGUGACACUCUUGGAUGAUAUUUUUGAUUCUUAUGGAACUCUAGAAGAAUGUGAGUUACUCACUAAUUGCAUUGAAAGCUGGGAUCCCAAAGGGGCUCAAGACCUCCCUGGUUGCAUGAAAUUUGCUUUGGGGAAAAUAUUGGAUAGCUAUGAAACCAUUACGAAUAUGCUCCACCAAGAGGAGAAGUAUCGCAUGACGUAUCUAAGAUACUUUACAGAAGAUCUAGUGAGAGGCUUCAACACGGAGGUAAAAAUGCUUCAAGAAGGUUAUAUCCCAAAGUCUGUUGAAGAGCAUCUUAAGGUUUCAUUAAGAACUGGUGGGUGUCCCAUUUUAUCAUGUGCUUCUUUUGUCGGGAUGCAUGAUAUAGCAACAAAGGAUUUCUUUGAUUGGAUUUCUAGUGUACCCAAAAUGGUGCAUGCAUUUUCUGUAAUUCUCAGACUAGUAGAUGAUCUCCGGUCAUAUGAGCGAGAGCAAGUAAUCCCUCAUGUAGCUUCCACAAUCGAUAGCUACAUGAAAAAGCACAACGUCUCAGUUGAAGUGGCGCGGGAAAAGAUACACAAUCUAAAAGAGGAGUCUUGGAAAGAUUUAAAUAGCGAGUGGCUAAAUCCCAGCAAUGUGUAUCCAAAGCAACUAUUGGAGAGGAUAUUCAACUUGGCAACGACGAUGGAAUUCAUGUACAACCAAGAGGACAAUUUCACGAACUGCCACAACCUCAAGGAUACCAUUCAUUCGUUGUUGGUAGAGCCUUUUACGAUCCACAUUUAG